AGAACAGGCGGAGACACCGAGGGCGGCACGGCAGACACGUUUGGGAAUCACCGCUAUUUUACCGCAUCUGUCCUCUUUUUUUUUUUUUUUUUUUUUACGCGCAGGAUUGGACUGUACGUUUUUUUCACUCUUAAUCCCGACUGAAAUCAAUGAAGGAGAGACGGUCGUGUCAGAAAUUAUCUCUGAAAUCCGGCAUGGAUCCCAGUCAGAGUGUGAAGUGUAAGAUAGUGGUGGUGGGAGACAGCCAGUGCGGGAAGACCGCUCUGCUUCACGUGUUCGCCAAGGACUGUUUCCCUGAGAGCUACGUCCCCACCGUGUUUGAGAACUACACAGCCAGUUUUGAAAUCGACACGCAGAGGAUUGAGCUCAGUUUGUGGGACACCUCAGGAUCUCCAUACUAUGACAAUGUGAGGCCUCUCUCCUAUCCGGACUCCGACGCCGUCCUCAUCUGUUUCGACAUCAGCCGCCCUGAAACACUCGACAGCGUACUCAAAAAGUGGAAAGGGGAGAUCCAAGAGUUUUGUCCCAACACUAAGAUGCUGCUGGUUGGAUGCAAGUCGGACCUGCGCACCGACCUGAGCACGCUGGUGGAGCUGUCCAACCACAGACAAACACCGGUGUCUUAUGACCAGGGCUCCAGCAUGGCCAAGCAGAUCUCGGCGCCCUACAUCGAGUGCUCGGCGCAGCAGUCGGAGAACAGCGUCAGAGACAUUUUCCACGUGGCCACGCUGGCCUGCAUCAACAAGAGCAACAAAAACGUCAAGCGCAGCAAGACCACCCGCGGCAACAAAAGGAUUUCACACAUGCCCGGCAGGCCCGACCUGGCGGCGGUGGCGUCGGACCUCCGGAAGGACAAAGCCAAAAGUUGCUCGGUCAUGUGACUGAUCAGGUGGAUUAAACCGAGGAUGAAGACUGAGCACAGUGCAAGCAGGAAGCUGUUGAGCAAGGCUCUCUCCUGCAUGCCAAAGACCCCUUAUUUGUCUGGAACUGGGGUUUAUAAGCUUAAAAUUUGUGUACAUGUUACUGGAAUACUCUACACCAAUGAAAACUCAAAGCAUAGUAGCAUCCCAAAUCCAUGUGCCCCCCCUCCCCCCACCCCCCCUCGCCCCACCAGACGAGGAAGCUAUCUGUCAGCGGGCUACCUGCAAGGAACAAGGAAGUGACCCGCUUCCUGUGGGGAGGACAAAGCGGAUGCAAUCGAGGCUUUCCACACCCAACAGGAAGUGAGCAGCAGGAGGAGUGAUGUCAUGGGCAGAUGCUCGUUUUGUGAAGGAAGGGGUUAAAAAACACGCGAUCUUUUGAAUGAGAGGCGAUGGGCGUUCACCGCCCGGGAAAAAAAAGAAUAAGGUUCUUUUUGUUUGUGCUGGAUCAAAGACUUUUUGCUCAGACGGCUCAUGCAGAAAGUCAUCGCUCCAGUUUGGACAUGAUUCAAUGUCGCCACUGCUCCUCUCACUGUUAGUCUGUUUGCAGAGAUUAGAAGAGGAAUCUUUUAGUCCUGCACAAAGUAAACCUGAUGCUCUUUGUCCCCCCUCUCGUCUCUGAUAUGUUGUCGGUAUAAUGUGAAGUCAUUGGUGUGUUACUGCAUCAUUGUUUUAUUUUCGCUUCAUCCUGUUGACUUGCAGCCAUGAGCAGAGUUUUGUACCAGUCAGACAGCCAUUGUGUGCCCACAUGCUGCACCUCAACAGCUAUGAAUACAUGAUGGAUCUCAAAAGACAGAUUAUCCUAACUGCUCUCCACACUGACGGCUUUUAUGGCCCCAUCUCUAUUAUAUCGGGGAGCCAUGAGUAAACCGCCUCAAUCUGCAGUCAGCCUCAAGGAUUUUGAAAAUCAGUCCCAAAUGCAAUUCACCAUUCCAUUUUUCACCAAUUUGUGACGCUAUUGUGAAAUGAAAAAUAAAAAAACAACACGCAUAAUAGGUUUUUAAAACUCACAAUGUUCCCUUAAUGGUCCAAAAGAAAGAGAAGAAAUCGACGAUCAUCCGAGACGCAUAAAAUUUACUAAUUGUGUGAAAUGAGAACCCCCCUAACAGACGGAGACAGUUUGAGCCAUGACUCAUUUCUUUACCGCACCUUAGGGAGAAGUGGAACUGCUAACAAAUAUUAGAAUUUGUUUAUCAGGCUGUAAAAAAAAAAAAAAAAAACAUCACAGCAUUCUGCUUUGCAUAUCCCAGAAGUGUUAAAAAUCUGCUGUCGGGUAUGAUAAUUUUAAGGCCUGGUCGCACCAGCAAAAGCUGAUGAAGAAUCCAUACAACUUGAGUUUGAUGGAUUCGCUCAUGUCAGCAAAGUAUACCUGCAAGAUUAGCGCAAAGGUUAGCGUAGCUUGCUAAGCUGUGUAGCAUCGUCUUUAACCCGCAUCGAUGGAUUUUAAAUAGUUC